CUAAUUAAUCCGAGUUUUAGAAAAGAAUACAACAUUUUAAGAUGGUCAAGUUUGUCGGCAGUUUUUUAGAAACUGGCACAUUUAUCAUCUAGUUUGUUACUCUAGGAUUCAUCAUCUAUAUAAGACCCACGAGUUCAUAGUUCCAAGGCACAACAACAUGAACUUGUUUUGGAACACAGGAUUUUGUGUUAUAGUUUUAGUGGUUGCGAGGGUUGGUCAUUGGUGGUACCAAUGGUCAAACCCUAAGUCUAACGGCAAGUUACCUCCGGGAUCAAUGGGUUUCCCGAUCAUCGGAGAGACAUUAGAUUUCUUUAAGCCUUAUGGAUUCUACGAGAUCUCCCCAUAUCUCAAGAAAAAGAUGUUAAGGUAUGGGCCAUUAUUUCGGACAAACAUUCUUGGAGUAAAAACCGUGGUAUCGACGGAUAAGGAUGUUAACAUGGAGAUUUUAAGACAAGAGAACAAGUCUUUCAUUUUAAGUUAUCCGGAUGGUUUAAUGAAGCCAUUGGGAAAAGAUAGCUUGUUCUUGAAGAUUGGAAACAUCCACAAGCACAUCAAACAAAUAACUCUUCAUCUUUUGUCCUCCGAGGGUUUAAAACGGAAAAUAUUAAAAGAUAUGGACCGUGUGACACGCGAGCAUCUUAGUUCGAAAGCUAAAACAGGAAGAUUGGAUGUUAAGGACGCAGUUUCAAAAUUGAUAAUAGCCCACUUGACACCUAAGAUGAUGAGUAAUCUCAAACCACAGACUCAAGCAAAGCUUAUGGGAAUUUUUAAGGCCUUCACUUUUGAUUGGUUUCGGACAUCCUAUCUUAUCUCUGCCGGGAAGGGUCUCUACAACACCCUUUGGGCAUGCCGAGAGGGGAUGCGAGAGAUAAAGGAUAUAUAUACAAUGAGGAAAACGUCUGAGGAGAAGUACGAUGACUUCCUCAACACGGCAAUAGAAGAGUCAGAGAAAGCAGGAGAGUUAUUGAACGAAAAUGCAAUUAUAACCCUCAUCUUUACCCUUUCAUGUGUCACUCAAGAUACCACCUCAAAGGCGAUUUGCUUGGCUGUGAAAUUCCUAUUGGAAAACCCAAAAGUUCUCGCAGAGUUAAAGAAAGAACAUGAGGUGAUCCUUGAAAGCAGAGAAGACAAAGAAGGUGGAGUUACUUGGGAAGAAUACAGACACAAGAUGACUUUCACCAACAUGGUAACUAUUCAUCUAAUGCUAAUACAACAUAUUUUCUGUUUUACAUGGUGCUUCUUUUUAUAUAGGUUAUCAAUGAGUCUCUUCGAAUAACAAACUUGGCUCCUAUGUUAUUUAGAAAAGCGGUAAAGGAUGUGGAAAUCAAAGGAUACACCAUUCCAGCAGGUUGGAUAGUGAUGAUUAUACCUUCAGUGGUUCAUUUUGAUCCUGAAAUCUAUGAAAACCCUUUUGAGUUUAAUCCAUGGAGAUGGGAGGGGAAAGAGUUGCGGGCUGGAUCUAAAACGUUCAUGGUGUUUGGAACCGGACUUAGACAAUGCGCUGGUGCAGAGUUUGCUAGGCUUCAGAUUUCAGUAUUUCUUCAUCAUCUUGUUACCACUUAUAAUUUCUCGUUGCACCAAGACUGCGAGGUGCUUCGUGUACCAGCUGCUCACCUCCCUAAUGGCAUAUCUAUAAACAUCUCCAAGUGUCCCAAAAAAUGACUUGAACAAAGAAGCCGCCUUAUCGAACCAUACCAUCUCCUCCUUUUUUUAUUGUAUAACAAUAUUAUAAUAAUGUUGAUUCAGUAACCCUAUCUUCAACCACAUUACUUGGCCGGAAAGGUAUGUGGCCAUGAAAUAGGGACAAUUAUACUAUCCUAUCAAUACGACUUAUCUUACUUGUUGGUCCACUGCCUAUGGGUAACGAUUAGUGUAGUAAUAGCAAUGCCAUGUAAUAAAUACGUUAUUUUAUAAUAUAAGUUUUUAUACCAUAAAAAA